CAAAAUUGUUAUCAGCCAGCCUAUGAAGCCAGGAUAAUCCCUCGCUUCUCCUAGUCCACUCCUCAUACCAUGGCGCGUCUCGAAGAUCCCACUGCUCUUACUCAACUUCCACUGGAAGAGACCGCCCGUGUGCGAUACAGUCCUUCUGAGCUGCAAGACUACUUCAAAACCAUCAAACUUGCAAAGAGAUUUCUAGACCUCGGCAACAGCGUGUUGAAAGACGCUGCACUCGCCCGAACAAAAGAGCAUGGCCUCCCGCUCUUGCAAGCCAUAACACGCUAUCACACAUGCAACGUCCCUUUUGAGAAUCUCGUCCUUCACUAUGAUCCUCACAAGAUCGUCACUCUGGAUCCUGCGGAGUUAUACACCAAGAUUGUAACACGACGUCGAGGAGGGCGAUGCAUGGAGAACAACAUCUUUCUCGGCACUGCUCUUCGCUCGCUUGGUUACGAAGUGCGUAACUGCGGUGGUCGUGUAUCACGCGCCAUGAGCCCGUACCCAGAAGUCCGCAAGAACCAGAGCGCUACUUACGAUGGAUGGAAUCAUAUGCUUCUUCUCGUGCUCCUGGGCGAUGAAUGGUACGGCGUCGAUGUAGGAAUGGGUUCCAUGGGACCUAAUCUCCCUUUCCCUCUGCAAGACGGAUUCGAGACUCUCAGUAUCGCACCGCGCGAGAUUCGCAUUCAGAAACGCUCCAUCUCAGAGACAUAUGCUACAGACCCUUCUCACGGCACAAAAGUGUGGUGUUACGACGUCUGCUACAAUCCAGCCGAGAAUGAAAAGAUAUGGACACCUGUCUACUGUUUCACUGAGACGGAAUUCCUACCCCAGGACUAUGAAGUCAUGUCUUGGUUCACAUCGACAAAUCCGAGAUCAUUCUUUACCAGGUACAUCACUUGCACCAAGAUGAUUAUGGAUGAGGACAAGGAGGUGAUUAUCGGAAACCUCACCCUUUUUAAAGACACUGUUAGGGAGACGAUUGGUAGUGACCGUAAGGUUAUUAAGAAGUUCGAAACGGAAGAAGAACGCAUUGAAGGAUUGGUUGGGAUUUUUGAUGUCAAUUUGACAGAGGAGGAGAAAAACAGUCUUCCCCAGGAGAAGAGACUUGGGCAGAGCAAGGUAUAAGAUGAACAUGGUUAUUUAGAUCGUCAGACCAUUUCGGGUAGUAUGUCAUAAAUAUCG